CCGCCAGCCUAAAGCGGAGGAGAGGAGGCCGGGCGGCGCGCCUUCCUUUCGCGGCUUAGGCCGCCCCCUUCUUUCCUUCCCUGUCUCCCCGCCCUACUCCUGGCGGCGCCUUUCCCUGCUUGUCAAGGAGCGGCGGAACGAGUCGGGCCGGAGCCAGAGGGAGGCAGGGCGGGGGUAGCCCGUGAUUUGGAGAUGGCUCAGGGGAGGCCGCGCUGAGGCUGGAGUCGUCGCUCCCUGGAGGGACGUGACCUCUGCUGCGAUGCUGAGGAGGAUUUUACAGAGGACUCCAGGCAGGGUUGGAUCUCAGAGCUCUGAGUCGGAUUCAUCUGCAGCCCCUGGAAAUGCAGUGGAUAUCAACAAUGAGAGUACUUCAGAGGGAUUUAUUUGUCCUCUUUGUAUGAAAUCUCAUGGAUCAGCUGAAGAACUUUUUAAGCACUAUGAAGCAGUUCAUGAUUCUGGUAUUGAUACAAGUCAUGCAGGAGAAUCUAACAUGACCCUCAAAAGUGAUGACAUAACUUUAUUGAGGCAAGAAGUUCAAGACCUGCAAGCUUCGCUUAAGGAAGAACGAUGGUAUUCUGAAGAGUUGAAGAAAGAAUUAGAAAAAGUUCAUGGGCAGAAGCAGCAAGAAUCCAAACCUGAUGGUCUGGCAACUGCUGCCUCUACAGAAUUGGAAUCUUUAGAACAGCAAUUAGAAGACAGUCAAGUAGAAAAAUUUAAUAUCAAACAAAUGAAAGACUUAUUUGAACAAAAAGCAGCACAACUGGCCACUGAGAUUGUGGAACUUAAAGCCAAAUAUGAUGAAGAAACAAGCCUUCGAGAACUUGCAGAACAAAAAGUGACUAAUUUGACACAAGAGUUACAGAAGCAAAAAGGUGUAUGUGAAGAUUUAAACACAGAGCUGCUUCAAAGACCCGGGGUAGAAGAUGUUGCAGUUCUAAAGAAGGAAUUAGUCCAAGUUCAAACAUUGAUGGAUAAGAUGACUUUGGAAUGUGAGAAAGAAUCUGAGAAACUGAAAGAUGAAUGCAAUCAUUUGAGAGCAGAAUAUACAAAUGCAGAGGCUACCAUUAAUAAGUUAAAUACAGAACUUGCUAAAGGACCACAAGAAGUUGCUACAUAUGUACAAGAGAUCCAGAAACUUCAAACUUCAGUUAAUGAAUUUGCACAGAAAAAUCGGAAACUACUGGAAAAAUUAAAAAAGAAAGAAUUGGAAUAUACUCAGUUAGAAGAGAGACAAAAUGAAGAAUCAUUGGGUAAAAGGAAUCUGCAAGCAACUCUUAAUCAAAAGGAAUUGGACUGUCAACAACUUCAGGCAAGACUGUCUGCAUUGGAGGACUCAUUACAGAGAUUGCAGAAAGAAUUGUGUGAAAAGAGAGAAGCAAGCCAAAAACUUAAGGAAGAAUUGUCAGAAGCUGAAGCCAAGAACCAGCAUCUUAAAGCAGAAUACAAGCAGCUACAACAACAAAGGGAAGAACAAGAACAGCGAAGCCUGCUGCUUCAAAAUGAGCUCAAUCAGUUACACAAUAAACUUCUGGAAACAGAACAUCAACUUGGAGAAGCACAGGGGCGACUAAAAGAACAGAGACAGCUAUCUAGUGAAAAGCUGAUGGAAAAGGAACAGCAAGUGGCUGACAUUCAGUUAAAACUUUCACGUGCUGAAGAGGAGCUAAAGGAAAAAGCGGCAAAUACAACUGAAUUGCAACAUCAAUUAGACAAAACGAAGCAGCAGCAUCAAGAGCAGCAGAAUCUUCAGCAAAGUACGACAGCAAAACUUCGAGAAGCCCAGAAUGAUUUAGAGCAAGUUCUACGUCAGAUUGGUGAUAAAGAUCAAAAAAUCCAAAACCUUGAAGCCCUGCUACAAAAGAGUAAGGAGAAUAUUUCUCUGCUAGAAAAAGAAAGGGAAGACUUGUAUGCAAAAAUUCAAGCUGGUGAAGGAGAAACAGCAGUUCUAAAUCAGUUACAAGAGAAGAAUCAUGCUUUGCAGGAACAGGUAACACAGCUGGCAGAAAAAUUGAAGAAUCAAUCAGAAAGUCAUAAACAGGCCCUAGAAAAUUUGCAUGAGCAAGUGCAGGAACAGAAAUCCCAUUUAAGAGCAUCUCAAGAUCAUGUUCUUUCAUUGGAAACAACUAUCAGUGAGCUACAUAAUCAGCUAAGUGAAAGUAAAGAAAAAGUAAUGCAACUUGAUUUGCAGGUAAAAGCAAAGACUGAAUUGCUUCUGUCAGCGGAGGCAGCAAAAGCUGCUCAGAGAGCAGACCUUCAGAAUCAUUUGGAUACUGCCCAGAAUGCAUUACAAGACAAACAGCAGGAAUUAACAAAAGUCAGCACUCAAUUGGAUCAAGUUGCUUCCAAGCUGCAUGACAAAGAGGAAUAUUGUAUACAGCUGGACUCCAGUCUUAAAGAGUACAAAGAAAAACACCUUAAUUUAGAGCAAAAAACAGAAGAGCUGGAAGAUCAGCAUAAGAAACUUGAAACUGAUCUUUAUGAAGUUUUGGGGCAAAAAGAAAAGGCUGUUCAAGAACUAGAGCAGCAAAGAAAACAGUACACAGAGUUGAACCUCAAAGCUACAGAACUGAGCAAACAACUAGAGGAAGAGAGAGAAAUGCUAUCUAGAGCCCAAUUAGACUUACAGAAAAAAAAUGAUACAUUAGAAGAAGUAAGCCAACAAAAAUUAAAGCAGGAAGAAGAAAAUGAAAAACUGAAGUUAGAAAUUGAGAAAUUAAAUCAUGAAAUAUUGAAGUAUCACAGGGAAUUAGAAGAAAAGCUGCAAAUAUUAACAGAUGAUUUGAAGAAAAUGAAGCUGGAAAAAGAUACUCUAUUAAAAGAACUUGAAAUCCUCAAAGGUAAAUUGUCAAAUAGCAACGAAUCUUUGGAAGAAGCAAGGGAUGCAUUGGAGAAAGAGAAACAGAGAGGAAAGACAGCUGUAGCAGAAAUUGAAAAAUCUUGUCAAGAAGCUAAGCAUCAACUUCAGUUACAGUCAGAAUCUAUAGCUAAAGAACAGAAUGAACUGAAAAACUUACUGGAGAAACAAGAUGGGAUUUCCAAACAGCUAGCAACAGAGCUUGAUUCGGCACGUGUGCAAAUUCUGCAGCUUCAGGGUAUUCUUAAAGACAAAGAUAAAAAUGAACAACAGCUUCAAUUGAAGGUAAAAGAAUUGAAGGAAUCUUUCGACCAGAAGAAAAAACAAAAUGAGAUACAACAAGCUGAAUUAAAGACAGCCCUAUUAGAAAAGGCAGAACUGGAAAAUAAAUUGCAACAACAAAUAACAUUAUCAGAACAAGUCCUUGCUGGGCAGAAGGAAAAAAUAACAGAAUUGCAGAAAUGCCAUAAAAAAGCUCAAGAAAAUGUGGAAAAACUUCAACUAGAUAUUUAUGGUAAAGAAUCUGAAAUCUUGGCUAUCCGGCAAGACCUUAAGGUUACAGAAGAGAAGCUGACUUUGGGUGAAGAAGAAUUGAUUUCUAAUAGAAAUCAAAUUAGUAAUCAAAAUCAAUUGAUCAAAGAACUUAAGACAAUAAGAUCUGCACUGGAACAGGAUGUAUCCAAAAAAGAGAAGCAACUAAAAGAGCAAGAGAAGUUGUUACAGGAAAUACAGAAAGAUAAGGAUUUAAAAGAAAAAGAUUUGUUUAAUGAAAAAUCGAAAACCUCAGAGCUCUAUGACAUAAAUUGCAAGCAGGAAGAAGAAAAUGUGAAACUAAAGGAUGAAAUUAGACUUGGCAAACAAGAGUUUGAGAAGGAGAUAUCAAAUCAAAAAGAUGCCAAACAGCUGUUGAUUAAACAGAAACUAGAACUACAGGAAAAGGUUGAUAAUUUUAGUACAGCUAUGGAGCAAGAGAAGAAAAACCAGGAAGUCAUGAAAGAUCAGUGGAAGAAGAAAGAAGGGGAAUUGAAGAAGAAAUGUGCUGAGAUUGAAACAAAACUGCAAGCUUUGAUCAAGAAAAAAGAUGAGCAGUGUAAAAGUCACGAAGAGGCUGAGUGUAAGCUAAAUAUGCAGAUCACAGCACUGAAUGAAAAUCUAGGGACAGUGAAGAAAGAGUGGCAAAGUAGCCAAAGAAGGGCUAGUGAACUAGAAAAACAAAUAGAUGAUCUGCGUGGAGAAAUUGCAGUUCUCGAAGCUACUGUCCAGAACAAUCAGGAUGAGAGAAGAGUAUUGCUGGAAAGGUGCCUUAAAAGCGAAGGAGAAAUUGAAAAACUUCAAAGCAAAGUCAUGGAUGCACGAAGAAAACUUGAUGAUACAACUGCAGCCAUGCAGGAGCUGGGGAGAGAGAACCAGUCACUGCAGAUCAAACAUACGCAAGCAUUAAAUAGGAAAUGGGCUGAAGACAAUGAAGUUCAGAAUUGCAUGGCUUGUGGAAAAGGUUUUUCUGUAACAAUAAGAAGGCACCAUUGCAGACAGUGUGGAAAUAUUUUCUGUGCUGAGUGUUCCACAAAGAAUGCCUUAACUCCUUCUUCUAAGAAACCUGUUCGUGUCUGUGAUACUUGUUUCAAUGAUCUACAAGGAUAAUUACUCACAACUCUUACAUGUUAUGCUAGAGUAAAAUUUCUGUUAUGCACUUCGUAUAAUACUCAGACUACUACUUUGGGUGGGCACCGAUUGUAACAAUUGACAAAAUUAUAGUAUAGUGUUUAACUGCUAAAGUCAAACAAUUGUACUUCUUGUGAAGUUGAAAUUAUCUGUGACUUAUUUGGUUUUGGUCAGAGAGCUUCUGUGUCAAGUUUAUAAGUCUCCAAUGACUUGUAAAUAAAAUUGAAAUAGAGGAAUUAUAAUGUAUUUUUAAUCCUAAUUUGUUGGUUCAGAAACAACUCCUUUAAAACAGUUUUGCAGGGAUUUUGUGUUUCAAUUAUUGCUGCAUAAGUAUAACUUAAUGAUUGUUUAGAAAUGCAUAAGGUAUUAAUAGCCUCAAACAAGCAGCUUUUCAUUUCUAUUCUUUUUUCCUCUUUAUUCUUCUUAAUUUUUUACUGUGAGUUCCUUUUUAUGUUUAUGUCUAGUUGAGUGGAAGUUGCCUUGAACUCUCAAGAUUGUCAAGCUGUUUUUCUAUAGUAUCACUGUACAAUAUAUGUCAAAGAAAAUGAAAAGCAAUCCCAAUACUUUAGUGUAGAUCUGAUAUUUCUUCUCUAAGAAUAUGCUGCAUCCUGUUGGGCUACAUCAUCUUUGAUAUGCAAAUCCUAUGCUCCUUUACAUUUUUUUGUACUAUUUAAAUAUGUUUGCACUGUUCUCUCUAUCUUAUUCACAAGAAAUAUUGCCUGGAAGAUCCAAGCAUAGCAAAUUCUGGUACUGAAAAAUACAUACCGUAUUUUUCGGAGUAUAAGACGCACAUUUUUACUCCAAAAAAGAGGGUGAAAAUCUGGGUGUGUCUUAUACUCCGAAUGUAGCGGCUGAGUCAUCUGAAAAAGGGGCAAGUGAAGCGGGUGCUGCAGAGAUUGUGAUGGUUGGAAAGGAGAGACAUUUUGCUUUUGGGGCUCCCGCUCUGCUCUGCUCCCGGGAGGACCCAGGUGGUGGUGGUGGUAGCAGCGGCUCCUCACAUUGCUGGGGAGUGAAAUCAUUGUGGCCAUUGUCUCCCCUGAGCUACCCGCCGAAUCUCUGAGGCACCUUUCACUUGCAGGAGGAGGAGGGUGAGGGCGGAGUAACUGGAAAAGAAAGCCGAGCUUGGAACCUGCCGAAAACUGCUGCCUGAAAAGCACGCCUUUCUUUCCCAGUUACUCAAAGGCUUUGGUUUAAGGAGGUGCUGCUUUAAGCCGCCCUCCUCCUUCUCCUGCAAACAAAAGAUGCCUCAGAGAUGCUAGAUUUCUCAGAACGCUAGAUUUGGAAGUUAAAAACCUGGAAUGGGGUACCAUCAACCUUGAUUCAAAGACUUUGGUUCCUGAGAUCUCUGAGUUGCCACCCAAAACCUGGUACCGCGAUCUCUGCAGCACCCGCUUUACCUGCUCCUUUGCGGUUCCAGGCGUCAGAGAUUGUGGGAUGGAAAGGAAACUUCGGAAUGCGGCAGCUGCCAGGCUCCAGGAAUAUGGCACUCCUGUAUUCCGACGUUCCCUUUUCAUCCCAUGCUUCUUCCAUUAGCCAAAAUCCCGACAAUGCAAAUAGCAAUUUUCCG